AACUAGUAAAGUGGUACCGGGCCGGGCUUUGUUUUAUGGCUUUUUUAUUGUGUGGCCGAUUCCUCCUCGUUAGUUCCUGCAGCUUCUCUCUCCACCCGUUCCAGCUUCUCUCACAUCCUACUCCCUCCUCCCCGAACUACCCCAUCAAUUUCACUAAAAUUACUAACCUGUCCCUCCUCCAUCGCAAGCAACUCCGUUCUUCGUCGUCCAUGGAGGCCGCUCCCGAGGGUUACCGAAGAAACGUUGGCAUUUGCCUCAUCAAUCCUUCCAAAAAAAUUUUUGCUGCUUCAAGGCUCGAUGUACCGGAUUCCUGGCAAAUGCCCCAGGGUGGUAUUGAUGGAAAUGAAGUUCCAAGAGAUGCAGCUAUCCGUGAAUUGAGAGAAGAAACAGGGGUUACUUCAGCUGAAGUUCUUGCAGAGGUACCACAUUGGCUGACGUACGAUUUCCCGCCAAAUGUCCGGGAAAGCCUUAAUCAUCGGUGGGGAGCAGACUGGAAGGGUCAAGCACAAAAGUGGUUCCUUCUUAAAUUCAAUGGAAAGGAGGAGGAAGUCAAUCUUUUGGGCGAUGGAACUGAGAAGCCAGAGUUUGGAGAAUGGUCAUGGUUGUCACCGGAAGAAGUAAUCGACCGUGCAGUGGACUUCAAGAAGCCUGUUUACAAAGAAGUUAUGGCAGCCUUUUCCCCCUACCUUCACUAAAACAAUUUCUGUACCCCUACAUAUUAGAAACGAGCAAUUGAAAAAAAACUCAAAUCAUCACUUUAUUUGCAAUGUUUGAGUUCUGCUAUCGGUGUCCUCACAAUUGCUUCAAUCCAACCAAUGUGGCCAAUAAAUGUCAGAACUACUUCUCAGGUAGUGAAAUACUCUGGUUUCUUUACAUG